AUGGGCCGCCGCGCGCCGGCGUGCGACUGGGAUGCGUACGCGGACCGGUACCCGGACGUGCGGGCGGCCUUCGGCCGCGACGCGCGCGCGCUCGCGGCCCACUACGACGCGCACGGCGCCGGGGAGGGCCGGCACUGCGCCGCGCACGAGGACUUCGCGGAGGUCGUCGACCUGGAGGGCCUCGACGUGCCCGCGCGCUGGCGGGUCUUGCGCGGCGGGACGAUGGAAAUCGUUCCCCACGUCUUCGUGGAGCUCCGCGGCGACGCCGACCACGCCCGCGUCGCGGGCCACUUCUGCGGCGACGCCCAGCUGGGCGGCGACUGCGAAGCGUCGGUGCGCGCGGCCGUCGAGGCGGCCGCUUCGGCAAACGCCGCUCACUUGAUCGCGACGCAGCCGGGGACCUUCGAGGUGCCGCGGACGACGGUCUGGGGCCAGGAGACGACCGACGGCGCGCGGGUGGUGGCCGCCAGCUGGCUCCGCGAGCGGGACUUCGCGAGCCGCUGCGCGCCCGACGAAACGUCGGGGACGAAGGUCGCCGUUCUAGUCACGGGCCAGCUGCGGGUGUUCGGGGACGCGCACCGGGCCAAGCUCCGGCGCGACCUCGCGGACUUCUCGACCUUCGUCGCGACGUACCCGGAAUUCCGCGCCGAGGCCGAGGCGCUCGGCGCGGAGGCCGUCUACGCGGACGCCGCGGCCCUCUCGCACCUCCUGGCGAGGCACAACGUGGGCCUGGGCCACUCGCACUUCGGCGCGGCCAUGGACGAGCGCAAGGUGCACGGCCAGGUGUGGCAGUGGGCGCUCCUGGACCUCGCGCUCGACGCCUUCGGCGCGCGCCUCGAGGCUUUCGACGUCCUCGUGCGGACGCGGACGGACCUGGACGAGCGCGCGCCGCUGCCGUACGCGUCGCUGCGCCCGGCGCCGGGCGCCGUGCACUGCCGGUCGGACUUUGUGUUCUACGGCGCGCGCGGCGCGUUCCUGGCGGCGUUCGGGCCCAUGUUCCGGCGGGUCCUCGGGGUCUACUGGCGGCCCGAGGGCGGCCGCGAGGGCCAGCCCUACGUGCCGAUCGACUGGGGCGCGCUCCUCGAGUCGGACCUCUCGGGCGUCAAGUGGUGGUGGCUGCCGCUCCCGCUCCGCAUCUUCGGGGACGCGCGCCCGGCGACGCCCCUCGACCUCAAGCUCUUCGUCGCGGACCACCUUCGGGAGCUGGGCGCGGUGGCCGCGGGCGCCCCGGCGCGCCUCUCGUCCCGGACGGAAUUCACGGCCCAGGAGCGCCGACCCGCGCGGAAGCCCGACGCCGAUGUCACAGCCUGA